AUGCAGUCCCUCCGGCAGCUGCCCGCGUCCCGAGCCGGGGCCCCGCGCCCCGCCGCCCCUCUGCUCGCGCUGCUGCUGGUGCUCGUCCUCCCGCGGGCGACGGCGGCCUCCGCGGGCCCCGGCGACGCGGAGCUCACGCGCGGCUUCCUGGAGCAGGCGGCGCGCGCAGCGCUGCACUUCUUCAACUUCCGCGCCGCCUCGCCCAGCGCGCUGCGAGUGGUGGCCGCCGUGCAGGACGGCCGCGCGCGGAUUAAUCAGAAAAAGGGAUGCAAAGUUGACCUGGCAUUUACCACAGAGCAGUAUAACCCAGAGUCUUUAUUUCAGGAAGGUGAGGAGCGUUUGGGAAAAUGUUCUGCACAAGUGUUUUUCAGAAACCAGAAACCCAGACCAGCCAUUAAUAUAACUUGCACACGGCUCGUUGAGAAGAAGAAAAGACAGGAAGAUGAUUACCUGCUAUACAAGCAAAUGAAGCAACUUCAGACUCCCUUGAAUACCAUCAGCAUACCUGAUAGCCACGGACAUGUUGACCCCGCUCUGCGGCCACUCUGGGAUUUGGCCUACCUCGGCAGCUCCUACGUGAUGUGGGAGAAGACCACCCGGUCUUUGUAUUACUACAUGAUCCAGCUCAGCAGCGUGAGGCAGUGGAAAACCAAUGGGGAUGCAAUUGAUUUCGAUUACACUGUUCUACUUCACGAAUUCUCAACACAGGAAAUCAUUCCCUGUCAUAUCCACUUGGUGUGGUACCCUGGGAAACCACUCAAGGUGAAGUACCAAUGCCAAGAGCUGCAGACACCGGAAGGCUCUGGAAAUGAAGAAGGAUCUACCAUGGCACUGACAGACCCCAGCAAGUCCUCAAAAGAAAAAGGGUCCUCUUAG